GUUUGCAGGGCGAAACAUACAAAGGCGUUGCCUCGUGUAAACUACAGUGGAGAAAAAAUGCGACACAAGUUUCAGUACUUCCUCUCCAUCUGGCGACGAGUCAAGAGCUAGAGUUUUGAAAAAGUUGAGGGAGAAAUUGAAUGUUGAAGAUGUGAUGUUACAAGAGGAAUUGCUGAUACAAGAAGGCAUUCUCUUUGAUCCUUCAUCAGUAGAAGAGGAGUCAGACAUAGAAGACCUCACCUUACAGGCGAUAUCCUCACUACAAGCCGCCAUGGAAAAGCUUACAGCUACUGUUGAUGAGCUUAAAGGGGAGAAUAGCAUUCUCAAGGCCAAAGUUGAUGCCUCCAUGGAAUCUCUGUUCUACAAGGGAGCAGAGAAUAGAUCGAUUUUUCAAAAUAUGGUUUCAGUGGAUGCUAUGGACUUGCCAUUCCUAAAUGCCUAUCUGGAUUCGUUGGGUUUGCCAAAUUUUAGGAAGGGAAGCAACUUUGCCGCAGCAGCUGCAACUAUACUUCCAGCCACUGCAUCAUCCCUCUGCCCCUUCUCCUUUGGGGUUCAGGUGUCUCAGUUCCUCCGAUUCAAAGCUCGGGCCCUUGAAUUGAUCGCUAAAGGCAGGAAAUUUGAUAAGUACGUCCCAGAUGAAAAUAUUUUUGAGAAGGGAUUGUACAUGUUUGACAUUGGCCAGAAUGAUCUCGCUGGAGCAUUUUAUUCAAAAACAUUGGACCAAAUACUUGCGUCAAUUCCCACAAUUCUUUUAGAACUUGAAAAGGGAAUAAAGAAUCUCUAUGACCAGGGGGCUAGAUAUUUCUGGAUACACAAUACAGGUCCUCUCGGAUGCUUGCCUCAGAAUAUAGCCAAAUUUGGAACUGAUUCAUCAAAGCUUGACGGACUAGGGUGUGUUAGUUCACACAACCAAGCUGCUAAAACCUUUAACCUACAGCUACGUGCUCUCUGUACUAAAUUGCAGGGCCAAUAUCCAGAUUCAAAUGUCACAUACGUUGAUAUCUUCACUAUAAAAUCAAGCCUCAUUGCAAACUAUUCUAGAUACGGAUUUGAACAACCUAUUAUGGCUUGUUGUGGAUACGGAGGUCCACCACUAAACUAUGACAGUCGAGUUUCCUGUGGGGAAACAAAGACCUUCAACGGAACCACAAUUACAGCAAAAGCUUGUAAUGAUAGCAGUGAGUACAUAAGCUGGGAUGGGAUUCAUUACACUGAGACUGCAAAUCAAUAUGUAGCAUCACAAAUUCUCACUGGAAAGUACUCGGACCCUCCUUUCUCAGACAAAAUGCCAUUCCUACUUAAGCUCAAGUUUUAAAUACCCCAUUAUAUUUAUUGUUAUUAUUAUUUGAUUCUUUACGGUAUCGUGAAAGCAAUAGCUGAUUGUAACUUUGAAUGACAGUCAAGCUCUUACUAAUGAAUAUGUUUUAAUGAUUGGUCCCAUUGGCAUGGUAACAUGGUCUGUGUGAUAAUGUUCAAGGAUUGGUAAUUGAACACAUUCAGACUUCAUGGUUCAUUUGUAUGCAUAUACUAUCUAAGAGGGCCUUUUGGGAUACACACAUUUGGUAUAUGCUCUACAUUGUCUUUUUUAAAAUUUCAGUUGUAUACACGGUUAAUGUCAAUAAUAUUGCAGUACGAUGAUAACA